GCGAGCUCCCGUCACGUGGUGCGCUUUAUGAUUUGUGCGCUGUGGAUCUGUCUCCAGUUGGGCUCGACAGAAGAAGAGACUCCUCACACUUUGCGGAGCUUUUGCUCUCACCUCAGCCAAACCAGCCACGCGAGAGCAUGAGCGGAUCCUUGUCUGGGCGGUGCGUCCUCCAUGCCUCCACCUAAACAAGUUCAUUUGAUCUGAUGUUUCCCCUCCGAGAGUCAUUUCGGAGAGAAUGCGUCUUCUCGUUUUUGCGACUUUAUGUGGAGUCCUUCUCGACGCAGGAGAUGCCCUUCAGAUCCAGUGCUACCAGUGUGAGGAGAUGAAGCACAAUGACUGCUCCACGCCGGAGUACAUCGUCAACUGCACCGUCAAUGUACAGGACAUGUGCCAGAAGGAGGUACUGGUCAAACCCGAUGGAAUCCAUUAUCGGAAGUCCUGUGCCUCCUCUGGGGCUUGCCUCAUCGCCUCCUCUGGCUACCAGCAGUUCUGCACCGGCAGGCUGAACUCAGUCUGCAUCUCCUGCUGCAACACGCCGCUCUGCAAUGGGCCCAGGAGGAAGCGUCCCGUCCCUUCAGCAGCAAUGUCCAACCGGCCGCUUCUCCUCUCCCUGGCCUUCGUCCUGCCGCUGCUGCCGCUCCUCCCUGUGACGUAGACCGGGGAUCCCAUCACGUCUCCACCGUACGAUUGCCCUGGGAGCCGGCCCUGGGAUCACUGCUGUGACACACCGAAGGAGCAGAUUUGGACACCACCCUGGCUUUCUAUCCCCUCAGCGUCGAGAAAAAAACAUUGAAUCUGAUCGAUAUAACACGUUAAACACUGAGGAUGACACUGGCAACCUGGAGAAGUGGAAGCAUUUGGAGCUUUCCGAAUCAUUUAUUGCACUUGUUACCAGAGAAGGAUCCAGUCUGCCACCGAGGCAUCGCUCAAUUUCUUUGCUUUCUGUCAAGUGGAGCGUUUUUGUGAGGAACCUGCUCUGGAGUUAUUUUCUGGUUAUUACACGCUGUAAAAGGUACUGGUAGAAGUUGAUGUGGAAAAUGAUAUCUCUGUUGAAGCUGCGCUGUGGGUAUUCUUUCUUAAUGUUAAUGUUGUUGCUGCUCUGAAUACACAGACGUUGGACACAACUGACAUUACAAACCCCCAAAAUACACUUUUAUUCUUGUUAUUCUUAUAUUACAUAUAAGUCAUGAUGACAAAGGCACUUUGAUUCAGGCAAAUAUGAAUUUGAAGAGGUAUCGUGCAGCAUAUUAAUUAUCAUAUGUAUACAUAUUUUCACUGCCGGACAGUAUUGAUUGAAAUUUUACUUCUUGGAAUAUGAAAGAUGCUGAAAUAGUUCUGGACAGUCUAUUGGAGUUAUUGCUUGUUAAUCCUUGCUUGUAAGAUUUAAAAGUUGAUUCCGUCGUACUAGAAGCUGAUUAAAUGUAUUCAUUAGACAUUAAUAUUCCAUAUAUUCCUUUGUGAAAUGAGACAUAGUGCAGUAAGAACACGCUAGGAGUACAAAUACAUUCUCACUGGGAAAUAUGCUUCAGGAUGAUAUCAGCAAUAUUUCCCUUUAAGUUUGCAUUUAUUUAGAAGAAUUAAACAUAUGCCCAAAUCAUAGCUAUUAUUACAUGUUGCCAAUGUAUCCAAAUAAUGUGUGUCCAAAUAAUGGAUUUCAUAAUCUGCACCAAUGAGAACAAAUUUGACUUACUUUAUGGAUCUUAUUUCCAUGUCCAGGUGGUCAUUUUCUGAAAAUUGAAAUUUCCCUCCAAGUAAUUAAUUUUUAUUUCCUUUCAUUUUUUUUUAAAGCUGUACAGUAUUAUUUAUAUAUGUUGAAUGCGCUGUUAGUAGACAACAACAAUUCAGGCAUUCUCUGACUGUGCUUCAUUGCCACACAUGACAGUAUUAACUUCAUUUCAGAGCAUCCUUUGACUGUUCUGGAGAAGAAGGUUUCAGACGGAUGUGGACCAUCUGAUCAGUGUUCUUCGUGGCAGUUUUAUGACUGGUCUUCUGUGAAGAGAAACACUGCAUUCUGCUGAUUUGUGAUGUAAAUAAAUGUUGCAGAAAA